AUGAGCCGUGAGUGGGACCCCGCUUUCCCGUGCGUCCUCGCGGCCUCCCGGCGGAGCCUUGAACGCCAGGCUCAGCCCCUGUCUCUCUCCUCUGCAGGGAGGAGUCUCUCGCUCCGGUUUCCGCUGCUCCUGCUCCUGCUCCCGCCGYCUCCGGUCCUGCCGGCGGACCCUGGGGCGCCCGCACCGGUGAACCCCUGUUGUUACUAUCCGUGUCAGAACCAGGGUGUCUGUCUCCGCUUCGGCCUGGACCGCUACCAGUGUGACUGUACCCGCACCGGCUAUUCCGGCCCCAACUGCACCAUCCCUGGACUCUGGACCUGGCUCCGGAAUUCCUUGCGGCCCAGCCCCACUUUUGUCCACUUCCUGCUCACGCACGGGCGCUGGCUCUGGGAAUUUGUCAAUGCCACCUUCAUCCGAGACACGCUCAUGCGCCUGGUACUCACAGUGCGGUCCAACCUUAUCCCGAGCCCUCCCACAUACAACAUAGCGUACAACUACAUCAGCUGGGAGUCCUUCUCCAAUGUGAGCUAUUACACCCAAAUUCUGCCUUCUGUGCCCCAAGACUGCCCAACGCCGAUGGGGACCAAAGGGAAGAAGCAGCUGCCAGAUGCCCAGCUCCUGGGCCAACGCUUCCUGCUCAGGAGGAAGUUUAUCCCUGACCCCCAAGGCACCAACCUCAUGUUUGCCUUCUUUGCACAACACUUCACCCACCAGUUCUUCAAAACUUCUGGCAAAAUGGGUCCUGGCUUCACCAAGGCCUUGGGCCAUGGGGUAGACCUGGGCCACAUUUAUGGAGACAGUCUGGAACGCCAGUAUCACCUGCGGCUCUUUAAGGAUGGGAAACUCAAGUACCAGGUGUUGGAUGGGGAGAUGUACCCGCCUUCAGUGGACCAGGCUCCGGUGUUGAUGCACUACCCACGGGGYAUCCCGCCCCAAAACCAGAUGGCGGUGGGCCAGGAGGUGUUUGGGCUGCUUCCCGGGCUCAUGCUCUAUGCCACACUCUGGCUGCGCGAGCACAACCGCGUGUGUGACCUGCUGAAAGCCGAGCACCCAACCUGGGAUGAUGAACAGCUCUUCCAGACCACCCGUCUCAUCCUCAUAGGGGAGACCAUCAAGAUUGUCAUUGAGGAUUAUGUGCAGCAUUUGAGUGGCUACUUCCUGCAGUUAAAGUUUGACCCAGAGCUGCUGUUCAGAGCCCAGUUCCAGUACCAAAACCGUAUUGCCGUGGAGUUCAACCAGCUCUACCACUGGCAUCCGCUCAUGCCCGACUCUUUCAAGGUGGGCUCCCAAGAGUACACCUACGAGCAGUUCUUGUUCAAUACCUCCAUGCUGGUGGACUACGGGGUMGAGGCCCUGGUGGAUGCCUUCUCUCGCCAGAAAGCUGGCCGGAUCGGUGGGGGUAGGAACAUAGACCACCACAUUCUUCAUGUGGCUGUGGACGUCAUCAAGGAGUCUCGAGAGAUGCGGCUGCAGCCCUUCAAUGAGUACCGCAAGAGGUUUGGCAUGAAGCCCUACACCUCCUUCCAGGAGCUCACAGGAGAGAAGGAGAUGGCAGCUGAGUUGGAGGAGCUGUACGGAGACAUCGAUGCUUUGGAAUUCUACCCGGGGCUGCUGCUUGAAAAGUGCCUUCCGAACUCCAUUUUUGGGGAGAGCAUGAUAGAGAUUGGGGCUCCCUUUUCCCUUAAGGGUCUUCUGGGAAAUCCCAUCUGCUCUCCAGAGUACUGGAAACCCAGCACAUUCGGCGGCGAGGUAGGCUUCAACAUUGUCAACACGGCCACACUGAAGAAACUCGUCUGCCUCAACACCAAGACCUGUCCCUAUGUGUCCUUCCAAGUGCCACACUCCAGUCAGGACAAUGGACAUGCUGUAGAGCGACCAUCCACAGAACUCUGAGAGGGACUAGGAAGCAGACUUUUGGAGGGUAGGGCUUUGUGCUUGUCAUUCUAGAAUGCUGAGGCCAGGAUUGAUAUUCCAAAAUGGUGGUUUUGGGGUUUGGCAUUUGAAGUGUUGGGGUUGACAUGUAGAACUUUGGGUCUCUCCCCUUCUCUGGAAUAUGAUGCUUUUUGUCACUCUAGAAUGCUAAAUUCCUUGUUGACCAUUCAGAAUGUUAGGAGUGGUUCUCAUUUGGCCUGUCAGAACACUGGGUUUCUGGUUGACAACCUUGAAUUUCAGAUUUCUGGGAAUAUAGGCAUUCUAGAUUAUAGAGCUCCUUAUGAAAUCUUCAAUAAAUUAGGGGGUUCUUAUUUUGCAUUCUAGAAUCUGGGUGGCCCUCCAGAAUGUUGAUGGUAUGAUGGGUGAUUCAGAAUGUUGUGCUUCUGGUUGAUGACCCAGAACAGAAGCUGGUCCUGACCUGAACGUCUAGACUGUUAAUUUGAUUAAUUUUCCUGUUCAGUGAGAUAGCCGUAGACCAGAAGGACCUAAGGACCAACUAGAAUGCACUGCCUGAAUGUGUUCUUGCACUGAGGGGCAAAGAAGUGGGGUGUUCUUCUUGGUACCCCCACUAGGAACCUGGUCCAAGGAUAUAGAGAGAACAGAUGGGCUUUUCCAUGCCAUUGAUUGGAAGCCAUUCGAGCUCCGUCCCCAUCCAGGUCUUGACUCAUGGCAGC